AGUGGGACGUUGGAUCCUUGCCGUUUUGGCUUUAGUUUACUUCAGGAGAAAGAGGUUGAAAAGGUGGAUUUGUAUGCUCGUUUGGGCAGAGAGGUCGAAAUGAAUUUGGGCGUCAAAGCUCUCCUUAGCUGGGUCAAAGCUACAAUAGCCACAGAGAGCGAAGCUGAAACUGACGUAAACAUUGAAGAUUUACAAAAUGGGGAGAUCUUACUCAAACUUGUCCAUCUCCUAAAGAGGGAGUCGUCUACCCCUUGCCUGAGCAAUUGUGUUGAUGAUCGCUUCAAGAUUAUUUCUGACUUUGUUGAAAGAGAUUGCAGAUUUAAUGCACUAAAUGGGACUCCAAUUAUAUGGGAAACUAUUAAAGAUGGCAGCAACUUAACAAUUGAAAUUGCAAAGGUCCUUUUGUUGCUUGUUUAUCAUGACAUGAUGAAUGACCAUUGCACACUGAGGACCCUUGAUUGUGAUGUGGAGAAUCAGAUAGCAAGCUUAACUGCUACAUAUGUGAUGGAGAGUGAAGGAAGUGUCUCUUUGAGGCCUGGACUUGAUGCCCAUUUGUCCAGACGUUACUUGCCUGUACCGCGUGAUGUUUUUGAUAAAUCAAGCUCCACUUCAUUAUCCAGUGCAUCAUCUGUGUAUGAUGAUGAGUCCCCUCUCUUUGUUCGUUCUCAAAAAGUCAAAUUUUUGGACUUGCAAAAUGUUGCAUCAUCUUCAGUCAGCAGUUCACCUAUACAAGACAUUAUGAACACACCCAUAUUCCAGAUGAGGAAGAUGCAACGGCAAUUAUUACAAGACCGAGACUACAGAGAUGGGCUGGAGAAGGAACUCUCCAGCAAACUGGCACUUUUGGCACAAAGAGAAACUCAAAUAAAUCAGCUGCAGUAUUGUUUGGAUAAAUUAAAGGAGGACCAACGUGUUGGAGAACAAUUUGCAAAAGAGCAAAAUGAUGAGCUGGAAAACAAGAAUAACAUGUUGCAGUCACGCUUUAAUGAUGUACUGAAGCAGAAUAAAGAACUCAAGGGUAAUGCUGCACUGAUGGAGCGCAAAAUAGAUGAACUAACUGAAGAAAAUGGUGUGCUUUCUUGCCAGAUGAGGACAGUGUGCUCUCAAUUGGCCAAUUUUGAAGCAGAAGUUGGCAGGCUGACAGUGAUCCAAACGUCUAAUGAAGUGGAGUGGAGGAGCACUGUAAGCAAUUUGCAAUCAGAGCUUAAUGAAGCAAGGGCACAAAAGGAACUUCUUGCAGAACAAACUGAGAUCCUACAAGGAAAGAUAUCCUGUUUGGAAGAUAAAAUAAGCAGAUCCACACAAGAAGAGGAAGGAGACAAUAUGUGGGUUUCAGUGGAGAAAGAACUGCUGGAGAACAAAAUCAGCUUGUUAACAAAUGAGUUGGAGAACACCGCAAAUUCUCUUCAGAAAAUUGAGGUGGAGGUUCAGGCCAAGUCACAGCAGCUGAAGGAACGUGAGCAAGAAAUUUCUGACCAGAAGAAACUUUUACUUCAACAACAGAACCAAAUUGGUCAAUUGAUUGAGUCAAAGAAAAUGGCUGUAGAAAACCUUGUGAAAGAGAUGACUGAAAUGAGAGAACGUCUGCAACAGGAGAUAUGUGCCCUUAAACUUCGGCUGGAAGAAGCUGAGCAAAAGAAACAUGAACAGAUGACAAGGUUACAAGUCCAAGUUGAGUUAUGCAAUCAAGAAAUUGAAAUGCUCAAAAAGGAAGAUCUUCAAACUUCAGAAAGAAUUAAAGAUCUAAUGACUAAACUGUGUACUGCCAAUAAUCUUUUGGCUGAUAAAGAUCAAGAAGUAAACAGCCUCACAGAAAAGGUAGUUCUACUAACUGAAAUUAAUCAACAAACCAAAGAUGAAAGUUUAGCCAAAGAGGAAAAAUUUUCACAGUUGCUGCUAGAAAAAUCUCGAGAUGAGGAGGUUCUUCAAAGUAGCAUCCAAUCGUUAAAGGAUCAAGUCAACAACCUUAAAACAUCACUAACACACACUGAAGAGGAAUUGCAAAUAGAAAAAAAUCGCCUCAGUCAAACUAAUAAAGAUAGCAGUGAGCGAAUUGAGGGACUCAAUCAUGAUCUUGUACUUUGUAAAGAGACAAUUGAGACACUUAAAGAGGAACUUCACAUCAAAGAUGAGCAAAUAAUUAAGACUAAAAAGGAUAAUGCAAUAGUGUGUGAAAGGCUGCAAGAAGAAAUUUGUGCUCUUAAAAGUCAAAUCAAUGGUUUGGGUGAAACUUUGAGUGAAGCCAAGCAACAGGUCCAAACACAGCAGAGUGAAUUGUUGAAACGGGAAGAAGAAAGUUCUCAUCAAAAAGUCCUUCUGCAGCAACAGUUGACAUCUUCUGAGGAGAUGGUAAAAAAUUUAAAAGUUGAAAUUGGGACAAAAAUUGAACAAAUAAGCUUGUUAGAAAACCAAACUGUUGAGCAAUCUGUGCUCUUGAAAAGGGAAGCUGAUAACUUCCAGCAACAAGUGGAGUCUCUCACAUCUCGGCUAAUAAAGGCCGAAGGGGAUUUGUGUUUCAAGGAAAAUGACUUGGUCCUGAAACAGCAGCAGGUGGAGUCAUUGCAGACAAAGGUCUCUGAAUUUGAAAAGGAGAUCAAGACACUACAUGCCAACAUUCAAACUAAAGAGGAAGAAUUAUUCAAUCUUAAGGGGGAGCUCUCCACAGACAUGAAACGUGUAAAGGAAGAGAACCUUAAACGGUCAGAGGAGCUUGAAAAUGAAAUCCAAUUUCUCAGUUCCCAAGUACAAAGUUUGAAACGAUCUCUAAACAGUGCUACAGAACAGCUGACUCUUACAGAAGGCAUGCUGGCCAAAAAGGAGAUGGAGAUGUCACAUGAAGAAGAGGUGAUUCAAAAACUCAAGACAACAUUUGAUGAGGAGAUGCUUGCACUUAGGCAGCACCUAUGUGCUAAUGAAGAACAGAUGAUUACACUAAAGAGUGAGGCUGAUAGCCAAUCGAGCAUACACCAACAAGAGAUUCAGUCCCUUAAGGACCAACUUUACAAUAUGGCUGAAGCGCUGAGUAAAGCUGAAGAGAUGGUUCAGACUCAGCUACAGAUAAUUACUGAACAAGAGAUUAAAAGUGCUCAGGAGAAAGAGUCACUCGAGAAAAAACUUUUAGAUUCUCAGGCUGUUAUCAGGGAGCUUGAGAAUGAGAUUACUGUUAAAGAACAACAAAUGACAGAGCUGAGGACGCAAAGCUCUGAGCAGUCCAAUGUUCUAUAUGAGCAGAAUGAGUAUCUUCAGAAACGGAUGGAGUCACUAGCUUCAUCUUUAAAAGCCACUGAAGAUGAGAUGCAUUCCAAAGAGUCUAUACUAACUCAACAACAACAUGAAAACCAACUGAAACAAAAAGAGCUUUGUGGCCUACAGCUUAAAGUCGAACAGGCUGAAAAAGAAAUGGCAGCAUUUAAACAAGAGAAAAGUGUGAUACAGGUCAAUCUACAAGAAAAGGAGGAUCUUCUGAUCAAAACUAAAGAGCAGUACCAGAUGGUUCAGGCAGAGUUAUCUGCCAUUAAAUUCAGGAUGUCUGAAAAUGACAAAGAUGUUGGUAAACUCAGGGAUGAUGCCGUGGCACAGAGAGAGUUGCUUCACAAAGCACAAGAACAAGUCAAAAACAAAGAUGAUAUGUUAAAAGAGCUAAAAGGACAAAGUUCAAGACAAACCGAUGAUUUGCAACGAUGUGUGGAGAUCUUGAAAGGUCAACUAGAAGAUUGUUCUCAGAAACUUGUGGGCAAAGAGCUGGAGUCGGCUCAGCAAAUUGAUCAUCUUAAGCAAGAACUUGUCUCUCUAAAUUCAGAGCUCAACCAACACAAAGAACUGAAUACCCAUGUCCUCAGACAAAAGGAGGAAACACUCGAAUCUACACAAAAGGAAAGGGAUUAUCUAAUUAAGGAAAAAGAAGCUCUGCAUGAAAGAAUACUUGCAGUGGAGAAACAACUGGAAGUCACUGCCUCAGAAAACCAGAGACUGGCCAGAGCCAAGCAGGCCAUAGAAAGAGAAAAUGAUGCUGCGUUAAAGCUCCAAACUAAAUUGCAGCAGGAGCUGCAAAUGCUGAAACAGGACAAUGAUGCGCUCCUAAAUGGAAAAAUGGAAGACGUUGAGGCAGUCAAGACAGACUUCCUUGAGCAGCUCUCUGCUAAAUCUACAGCUGUGGAACAUUAUAAAGCUCAGAUGGAAAAGGCAGUGAGUCACUACAAUAGUAAGAAGCAGCUUUUACAGAAAAGUGAGGAGGAGAUGGCUAAUUUGAAACAUUCACUCGAGGUUCAGGAGCGUGAAGUUAAAACCGUUACCAUGGAAAACAAGCUUCUACAAAUGGAACUGGACAAAAUACAAAGCAAUGAAAAAUUUCUUCUGAACAAGAUUACCAGUUUGGAAGCACAGCUAAGCUUUGCUGACAAGGCUCUCCGUGCACAAAGUAAGUUCCAGUAUGACGAAAAGACUUCAGAGCAAAUGCCCUCCACAUUGGAAGUUCCUGGAGAGAGAUAUGGUAUGAAUACAAGAGCAAAGCUUAGAAGCAUGAGCUCUGACAGCCUGGACCAGAGCUCUCUAGAUGAUUCGCUGAAUAACACAAGAAAAUUAUCUGCACCUAGUGAAGCAAGCACACCACUGGUUCGUAGUUCAGAGCGCCUAGCAGCCAAACGCCGUGGACCUCAGGCUGAGUCUCUAGAGACCCUUUACUUUACACCCAUCAACACAAGGCAUAGGACUACUACAGACUUCAAACCGGAGGAGUCCGCCAAGAGAAAUUCAGCUUCGUCUGUCAAGAGGCGUAGGACCACACAGGUUAUAAACAUCACCAUGACAAAGAAAACUCCAGGCCACAAUGAAGCUGAUGAAACGUUCUACAGUUUGACUUCAGCUCGCUCCCAGCCAAACCUCUCCAGUGCCCACAAAGCCCAGGGAAUCUCCACAGAACUUUUCACUACACCUAAAGCAUCUGAAGCAGACCAGCUAAUUGGUCUCCCAGGAUACAGACGCAGCACCAUCCAUUCACAGGCUACAAGUACAUUCUGUGUUGGAACAGAGAAUGAACCCGAAGGUGGACCUGAGGACUGGAUGAGAAUAGCUGAGAUUCAGGCAAGAAACAAGGCUUGCCUUCCACAUCUGAAGAGCAGCUAUCCAGUGGAGUUUGAUACUGUCCGCAAUAGUGCUUUGAUGUUCACUGAUGAAGAACUGCGGACUGGCGACCCCAUUGAGACAAUCCGCCGUGCAUCUGUGAUGCCUGGGCAGCUCCAGGACUCUCUGACUUCCCAUAGGCUCUCUUACAUGGGUCAGAGUGGUAAUAAUGCCACAUCUUGGUCACGGCUCUCUUUAAUGCCAGGCCAAGCCAUUCCCGAAGCAGUCAGCUCUACUCUCAGAAACCCAAAAACCAACAAGCGGGCGCCAUCUACGCUGACUAUACAUUCAACCUCACCUGAGAAAAAAAUUAGAGCCAGCUGUUUCCCUCGUCCACUUACUCCCAAAAAUAAGAAUGUUAGUGGUCCAGCUAUCCCUCACAUACAGACAGCCGAUCGGAGGCAAUCAAUGAUGUUUACUAUUGACAACACCCCAAGAAAAGACCCUAGAAAAGACAUUCUAAAGAAAGGUCUGAGCAAACUACGAAGCUCUACUCGUAAAUCACCAGGGAAAAAUCUCAAGUCGCCUGCGCAGUCAGCUAACCGUCAUGGCCAAGAGAAUAUUCCUGUAAGAAAUGGACGCAUAGCUGUUGGAGGGGCUGCCAGGCUGGGAAGCCAGAAAUCCCCACUGAUGGCAAAUAAAGGACCGAAAAAGUCCCCACGUGUAUCCACUAGGGCUGCAAAAUCCCCUGGCCUUACAGCUAGUGCUCGCAAGGAGUGUGUGCCUGUAACUCAAGAAAAUCUCACUAUGAUGAGCAGGAUGAAGGUGUGAUGCUUUUAAGUGACUGCACAGGACAAAAUCAUUCCAUUGCUUUAUCAAAUCAUUUGAACUUGAUUUUAACUACAUAGUAGUACCCUACAAAGUAAAUCAACAUGUUUUAAGCUUUGCAUAUGGUAACAUGGACCAAAAUGGGAAAAAAUGUAUUUGCUUCUUUUAUCCUUUUGUUUUAAAUGGGGGGUUUGUGUGCCUAAGUUUUUACAAAAAGUAAAAAAAUGCCUUAUGGUUUAUUAUUUUUAAGUUUUUGAAUUAAUUAAGUGAAGAUUUGUACUACAACUGUGGUUACCAGUGGCUAAUAUUUUAUCUAGUUUGUCACAUUUUUAUGCCACACCUAUCACUACACAUUUUAAUGUAAGCAAUUUGACUUAAGUUUCAAUGUAAUAUAUUUUUAUGUUUGUGAAUAAAAAAGUCUAUCCAC